AUGGCUGACAUAUUGCAAUGUGCAAUUUUUAGAAGCACACGUCAAGAAAGCCGAAGAAGAGAGAAAGAAAGAAAACUUCAUCAUCCGCAGCCAGACAAAAAUGUUACGCAGAUUCUUUCUGGUGUUUCACACGCGCUUGAUUUUUGUUUACUCACAAACUCACUUCGACAGUAUUUUCAAUUUGAAGCAUCAUCACUUCGUUUAGUUGUGAGAUUAGUGGCAAGAGCUAUGAAGUAA